GAUGAACUUCAUGCCUAUCAUACGGUUAGCGUCCGAUCGCGUUAACAUUCCACUCUUCUCAGACGAUGGUCGGAACCAACGUUUGUUUACACCCGGUGAGGUAGUGACGACACAGCAAGGUUUUAUGCGCGGCCAUGGUACGUACAUGGAGGACGAUGUAAUAAAAUCAUCAGUCGCGGGUGUAAUGGUACAGGUCAACAAAUUGAUCACCGUGAAAGCCCUCAAGGGUCGCUACGUUGGUGAGAUCGGUGACGUGAUAGUGGCCCGCGUAACCGAGGUGCAGGAAAAACGCUGGAAGGUCGACACAAACUCUCGGCUCGAUUCGGUUCUAUUGCUGUCUUCCGUCAAUCUGCCCGGAGGAGAGUUGCGUCGCCGUGGCGUAGAAGAUGAGAAGCAAAUGCGCAAAUACCUGCAGGAGGGUGAUUUGAUAUCGGCCGAAGUACAGAAUGUCCAUUCGGAUGGUGUGCUGUCGUUACAUACGCGCAGCUUAAAGUACGGCAAACUGUCCCAGGGCAUACUGGUGAAGGUGUUCCCUUCGUUGAUUCAACGGAGGAAAACACAUUUUCAUAAUUUGCCCUGCGGUGCGUCAAUAAUUCUCGGCAACAAUGGAUUCAUCUGGAUAUCACCGAUGAUGAACAGUGAAGGAGAAGGAAGUGGAGGAGGUUUCACACAAAAUCUGGACGAUGUAGUGACGAAGGAGGAUCGUAAAACGAUUGCCCGGUUAAGGAAUUGCAUUCUCGCUUUGGCACACUGCAAGAUCAUGCUUUACGACACGAGCAUACUGUACGCGUACGAAGAGUCGCUAAAGUACGAAACAGCGGAGCUUCUUAAUCCGGAAUGUAUGGCGGAUGUUGCCUUUCUGACGCAGCAUCGUUUGCGAUCGUUGGAGGUAUAAGUUAGGGAGGAUUUAAUA